AUGGCAGCUGCAUCCGUGCAGACAUUUCUAAAUUCCUUCAAUAACAAAAUUGAACCACCAGUCAGACAACAUCUCAAAAAUGUUUACGCUUGUCUGGCAAUGUCCACAAUGGCUGCCGCUAUUGGGGCAUCAGUCCAUCUUUUCACAAACAUACUCCAAGCAGGAUUCCUAUCUGGCAUAGGGGCUCUGGUAUGCUUCUUCCUUCUGAUGAGCACACCAGACAACAAUGGAAAGGAAAUGACAAAGAGGGUUGGGUAUCUUUUGGGCUUCAGCUUCCUCACUGGAGUAGGAAUGGGCCCCCUUCUGGAGCACGUCAUCCUAGUUAAUCCCAGCAUCAUAGUUACAGCAUUCUUUGGAACAUCUGCUGUUUUCGUAUGCUUCUCUGUUUGCGCCAUGCUGUCAGAAAGAGGAAAAUGGCUUUACCUUGGAGGAACUCUGAUGACUAUGCUCUCUGCUUUGAUGGUUCUUUCUCUAGCCAAUCUGUUCUUUGGCGCUGUUUGGAUUUACCAAACCCAAUUGUACUUGGGGCUGCUUGCUAUGUGUGGAUUUGUUCUAUUUGACACUCAAGCCAUCAUUGAGAAACGCAGAAUGGGAAACAGAGAUUUUGUUGCACACUCCUUGGAUCUGUUUGUUGAUUUCAUUGGGAUCUUCAGGAGGCUGCUGAUCAUUUUGACACAGAAGGAGGAGGAAUCGCGCAAGAAACGCAGGGACUGA